CCAGAAACGAAAUAUAGAUCCGAACGGGACCCGCCUACACUUAAAUUCCCACAUAACGUCCCAUUUGGCUCUGAAAUUCAUAAACCCGAACUGAAAACUUCCCUUCACCGUGACGCCAACUGGAAUCGCACUGAGUCAGAAUUCCUGGAUUGAGAUUUGAGAAGAAGAAAAAAAUGCAGAGCCGGGGAUCCAAUGCCCGGUUCUCAACUAUGGGGAUGCGAUCCCCAAUUUCAUCACUCAUGCUUGCUAUGUUUGCUGCCAUGGCUUCCUUCUAUGUCGCCGGCCGGUUGUGGCAAGAUGCACAAAACAGAGUUUACUUCACGAAAGAGCUGGAUAGAAUAACCGGUCAGGGACACUCUGCAAUAUCUGUUGCAGACACAUUAAAAAUCAUAGAGUGCAGGGAGCAAAGGAAGAAACUAUCUGCCCUAGAAAUGGAACUGACAGCUGCUAGACAGGAAGGAUUCAUCUCCAAACAAUCAUCAGAUAUGUCGAAAACUCCUGAAAAGGGUCCAGUAAUAGUAAUAGGAAUUUUCACAAGUUUUGGGCGCAAAAAUGAUAGAGAUGCUAUAAGGAAGGCAUGGAUGUCAACUGCUUUGAAAAAAAUGGAGGAAAAGAAGGGCAUUGUUGCACGUUUUGUUAUUGGCAGAAGUGCUAAUCGUGGAGACAGCUUGGACAGGAGCAUUGACAGUGAAAACAAUCAAACUAAUGAUUUUUUUAUUCUAGAAAAUCAUGUUGAGGCUCCGGAAGAACUCUCCAAGAAAACAAAGCUAUUUUUUGCACAUGCAGCAGACAGCUGGACUGCCGAUUAUUAUGCAAAAGUCAAUGACAAUGUCUUUGUAAACCUUGAUUCCUUGGGAAAUACACUUGCGUCGUAUUUGAGUGACCCUCGUGUAUAUAUUGGGUGCAUGAAAUCAGGCGAAGUUUUCUCUGAACAGGGCCACAAAUGGUAUGAACCAGAUUGGUGGAAAUUUGGAGAUGGAAAAACGUACUUUCGUCAUGCUUCUACAGAGCUGUUUGUAAUAUCCCAAGCAUUGGCUCGAUACAUUUCUAUAAAUAGAUCCCUACUCCGUACUUAUGCACAUGAUGAUGUCAGUGUUGGGUCCUGGUUUAUUGGUGCCGAUGUCAAACAUGUAGAUGACAGGAAGUUUUGCUGUUCAUCUUGGUCAUCAGGAGCCAUUUGUUCAGGAGUGUGAUUUAACUUGACUGAAAGGUUCAAGAGAUAUUCAGAGUGGCAUGCUUGUUGAUUCCCUUGCUUCACAAUUGUUAGCAUUGUUUCAUGACAGUGGGUUUUUGGUAACGCAUCUCUGUUAGGGGCUCUUCUGAAGUUCAUUCCUUAAUCAGAAAACAUAUGUAGAUCGCGGAGCUGCUAGAAUUGUGAGGAUUCUUUUCCUAUGUAAAUAACCCAUAAAUCAUAAUACAUCUGAUAUAUGUGCAUCCAUUCUUUAGGAAGUCGGGGCAUUUAGCCCCAACCCCUAGGCUUGUCAGGGUCAGACACUAAUUUUACCAUAUUAAGAUAUGUUCAUUGCUUAUUCUUUGAGAAGCAAAAGGG